UGACUAAUAUGGAGGGAAGUCAUGGUUCAGAGGGCGAAGGAGCGACUCCUCUUAUGUAUGCUUGCCAGCAAGAAAGACCAGAGGAUGUGAGGGCCCUGCUCAGGAGUAAGCCGAAGUGCGCCCUGGAGCGAGACCGGACGCUGAAGACGGCUUUGCACUACUGCGCGGAGAACAGCUCGCCGAUCUGCGCGGAGUUGGUGCUGGAGCGGGCUGCUGAGCUCCCCGGUGGACACGAGCUCUUGGAUGCUGCCGACGAGGACGGCUACACGGCCCUCCAUCUGGUCGUCAUCGCUGGGAACUCUGCCCUCCUACGCUUCCUCAUCUCUCGCCGGGCUGACGUCAACAAACUCGACAACGAGCGACACUCCAUCGUCCACUGGGCAACAGUGUGUGGGGAGGUGGAAGCGCUGGAGAUCGUCCUGGGAGCCGGGGCAAAUCCCUCGACCCCCGACAUCCACGGCGGGUACCCCGUCCACUACGCGGCUCAGAUGUGCGGGCCGAGCUCCGAGAUGGGCGGCGACCCCCGGCUUGGAUUGGCUGUCCUCCGGCUUCUCUUGAGGCACGGUGUCAGCGUCCAUGUCCAAGACCAAGAUGGCAGACAGCCCAUACUUUGGGCCGCUAGUGCAGGCAGCGCCGAUGCAAUUCUAGCCCUGGUUAAAGCUGGUGCCAACGUUGAAGUUGAUGACAAGGACGGACUCACAGCAUUACAUUGUGCCGCGAGCAGAGGUCACACGGAGUGCCUUGAAACGCUGGUCUCUCUGUGCGGGGCGGAUAUCGAUGUAAUUGACAGCAACGGGUGCACUGCUCUCUUCUACGCCGUCACCUUGGGACACGCCGACGCCACCGAGUUCCUCCUCAGCAACGGAUCCCACCCCAACCGACAGGACCGCAAAGGCAGAACCCCAGCUCAUUGCGGAGCUGCCAAGGGUCAGAUGGAGACGGUGCGGAAGCUGGGUGCGCAUGGAGCCGACCUGUGGGUGCGCAACGUGAAGGGAGACUACCCGCUCCACGAGGCUGUGGCUGCCGGCAGGGGGAGUCUUGUCCAGUGGCUCCUGGGUGCCCGCCCUGAGGCCAUUAACGCCCCCAACAACGACGGCCGAUGCCCCCUCCAUGUCGCUGCCAUUAACAACAACGUCGAAAUGUGUAAGAUCAUUUUGGACCAUCAAGGAUUGGUGAACCCAGUGAUGAGAACAGCACGGGGCCAGCUGAUGACACCACUGGACGCAGCUCUGCAUAAAGGCAAUCGUGCCUGUGCCAAAUAUCUCCAACUUCACGGAGGCGUUCCUGCAAGCAAACUCACAAGCCAUUCAGCGGCAUUGCGUGGACCUCACAGGGCAGAAUCGAUUUCGGACCAAAUGAAUACGCCAGAUAAUCUCACAGUACCUGCUUUACCCCGAGGAGCAAAAUCCUUAUCUUCCAGUCCAGUAGUUUUAGAUACAAAAAGUCGAACAGUUCAGGUUCGAAUUAGAGAAGACGUUAGACAUAGGCGACAAUCCGAAUAUCCCAGCGGAGAUGAGCGUAGGCGAAGGAAACGGAGAGUUAGGCAUUCAAGAAAUUCAGAUAACAGUUCGGACCUAGAAACGAAAGAAUUAGAGGAUACUAGAAGACGACGAAGUAAAACAAAAAAUAGGAGUAGGAAAGGAAGCAGAGGCAAACACAAAGAAGGUGAUGAAGAGGAUGGGAGGCAUAGCGAGAGUAGUUACAGCAGCAGCGAAGAGUCUAGCGGAAGUGACCAGGACUCACAAACCGGAAAUCAAUCUAGAAGGAAAACAAGCGUAAGCAUCGAGAGGCGAACGACAGAGAGUAAAACAGACCAGAACAACGCAACUAAAAGUGCCAACUUCGAAGUUAAAAUCAAAACGGACGAAUCGUCGGACGCGCGGAAGAGUCAACCGGAAACGGGGAAAACAACCGGAAACCAAGCACCGGAAGUGCGGAAACAGACGAGCCGGAAGAGCACGAAAGAGGAAACGAAAGUCGUGAAGAAGGAAGUGGUGGAGCGGACUGGUGAUACGGAGAAGUCAGAAAAGAAGGAGACGAAAACGAAAACGACCAAGUCCGAGAAAACGGAAAAGAAAGAAACGGUGAACGGCGAGCAUCAGGCUACGGAUCGACCGGAACCGGAAGUGGCGCCUGCUGAAACCGGAAACGCGGUGCCGGAGAUAACGGAAGGUGAAAGUUCAAGGGUUGAACCUGAGGAUGCGGCUUCCAUAGAGGACACGGCGACGCGGCAAGUUGUCACCGCUGAGGUCCACCAGGAGCAUGUGGAAAAUGGCCAAAAGACCGAAACAAAAGACAGCGGAGAAGAAAAAGAGCUAGUCCUCCAGCCGGAAGUGCAAAAUUCAGACGUUGGAAACGGCGAAGUUACUAGCCAGAACAACACAACUGCAACGGAGACCGUUUCAAAACUCGAGGAGUCCAAGCGAGAAACAUCCGAGACGAAACGCGAGAAGCGAUCCACGUUCGAGGGUAUGGAGUACGGCACAAAAAACGACGAGAACGGUGAAAAAUUCUACGAGAACUCGACGAAAGAGGAGGUCGUGGAGGUCUUCGGGCAGAAAGUAGACAUCGACACGAAUUACACGAAGGACGAGAGACCCAGAGACGAAUCCAAGCCCAGUGUUGUCUCCGGAGAGAUCGAGUUCGGGCAAGUGGAGAGGAGCCCGGCCGACCAAACGGCGAGCAACGAGCAGAGCGAUGCGAGCGAGAGGUUAGGAAAGGAUGAUGUCGAGUCCGAACGCGAGAGGGCGUUCUCGAUCGUCCCGGAUUUGCAGAAGAGGCGGGAGUCGCAGAGCUUCCGGGUGCUCUCGGAUGAAGAUGCUGAGUCGUCCCAGCCUGUUGAUUCCGGCUUCGAGCCCUCGCCUAGGAGGCAUAAGUCAACGGAGAGAGGCAAGUCGCGGAUCAAAAGGGGGAAAAGCACGAUCUCGCAAAGUCAAAAGAAAGAUAAGGAAAAGGAGAAGGACGAUGAGGAAGAGCCGAAUAUUAAUGUGGUCUCGGUGACGCAAGCUGUACAAAAUAGCGUAAGAAAGUAUCAUUUGGAGAGGCGAAUAUUCAAUGAGCUUUUGGAACUCAAGCGAUUGCAAAUUCGAGCAGGGAAAAGCAAUGAGCAAGUGAUGGUGAAGCGGUUAGUUGAUGAGUACAAGAAGGCUGGUCUGAUCGUCGGUUUGAGGCAGUAUGACGGGGCUUAUUCUUUCAAACACUUCGAGCGGUAUCUCUAUGACCAGUUACGGCUUCUGCAGUCAUCAGACAAGAAGCUGAUACCCCGGAUCAAGUCUUCAGAUAACCUCGACAAAUUAACUGCAGCCCUUAGAAGAACGAGAGCAGGCAAAACGAUCUUGGAAAACAUCCCCGACAACCCCAUGCUAUGCACUCAUUGCACACACCGCUGUUACCACACCACGCAUGCGUACACCGGAAUCCCAUGCGCUGCCUACAUUGCGAAGAUGAAUCACCACCAGAUGCCAAAACCGACGACGGUGGGACGGCGAAACGGGUUCCUGCCGCAAAUCGAAGGCGGGAAAAAGCAGCGGUCGCAGGAAGCCGGAACAGACAUCGCGAAAUAUCUUCGAAACGUGGAUCCAACACGGCCGGUCACCUUGGAGUUGAGCCAUGGUCCGGAGAGACAGGUCAUCUCACUGCCCACCGAGAAACUAGACAAAAAUAAAAGAUACUACGUCACUUUCACGAUCAAAGGGGGCGCCGAUAGCGAAAAAGACGAGAACAAGCACCAUCAUUCUUCCAGCAUGUAAACAUUUUUAUCUCCAGGGCAACUCUGGCAUCAAUAGACUGAUUUAGUGACUGCGUCAUUCGAUAUUAAAUCGGAAUCGACGACGAAAUCGAUCGACGAUCGAAUCAAACCAAAACAAACUAUCAUUACCUCGUGUGCGACUUCAUGAGUUAAUUGUACUAAUUUAUUGGAAUUUCGUCAUUGGCCGGUCAUAAAUCAAUUAAAGACUCAUCAAGUACGAGAAAUUUCGAUUUUGGGAAACACUUGGACGCAUUUAAAAUUAUAGCGCAAAGGGCGCAAAUUAGAACGGUUCUUGUUGCAUUUGAACCAAGGGUUCGAUAUUAUAUCGAAUAACGUAGCUACUAAAUCAGUCUAUGCACUGAGAAAAAUUACUUCG